CGUUUAACGUGUUUCGACGGGCACCGAAGGCUCCGUCCAAGUCGUACCCUGCCAAAGCAUUCGCCGAUUCUUCGUGUCAUCAUGGUGUGGCCUGUUGUUCCGUCGUCGUCCGUCGUGCACAACUUCCUGCGGCGAUCCCAUGCAUCCUUCGAUCUGCUCUCGUGCGGUUCGGCCUUGGUCGAUGUCGUCAGCCACGUCAAGCACCUGCCUGGCGCUCAUCAUACCACCUAUCUCCACGUACAAAGGCUCCUCCUGCCAAUGCCAUGCUCUGAUGGCGUUCCCCUACCAUAGCGCAAGAACGUAGCAAAGGAAGUUGUGGCUGGUGGCGCCAUGAACCAUUUGGCGUGGUGUCAAGCGCUGGGUCUGAAUUCCGGCCUAUUGGCCUUUCAGGGCGCGGAUAAAUAUGGCGACAUGAUUCGAGAAAAGCUGCACGAACACCAAGUCAACACGGACUACCUCGUCCAGAACGAAGAUUUUGAGACCACUGUGUUGCGCACGUUCGUCGCAGCGUCCGGCGACUCGUGCUCGAUCUUGUCGGGUGGGUCCAUGCUGGAGCUUCCCCAGCACGCGGUGAAGAUGUUUUUCGCCGAACCGUUGCAACACGCAAAGUGCGUAUCCACGGAAAUCCGCCACCUGCCGCUGAAUAGUGUCGAAGAAGCCCUUGACCUGGCCGUGCAUUCGAUUCGCUUCCUCGAUCUUGCGUUGCUGCCGUCGAUUGCUGUGCAUGAUGCAGGCCUUGGAGACUGGAAAACGCUAGAGCGCUGCAUUGCCAAGUCCACGGUCGUCAAAGCGUCUGUGGACGCCGCGAGAGAGCUGACCAACGACCCCGCCGCUUCUCCCGAAGACAUUGCGCGCCGGCUUCACGAGAAAUAUAACGUUCCUUUCGUCGCCCUGACUGACAAUGCACGUGAAGUCGUGAUGGCGUUUGCGCUCGCGGGAGGCAUGUGCUACACGUGCACCGUCGCAUGGCCAGCGUCCUCAACGCCCAUCGACGUACAAGGCGCGGACGAUGCUUUUUUCAGCGGCGUCAUUGCUGGCGUCCACCGAUGGGGUUUGCCCGACAACCAUGAGUCGGCCGUGCGGCUAGCGACGCUGGCCGGUGCGAUCCGACGUACGUGUGUCGAAAACUUGGGAGCUCUGCCAUCUGAAGAAACGGCCGUGCGGCUCCAGCAGAUGCUGCCCUUCUCGACGGCGAUCAAGGCCCGCACGCAGUCGGUGGACUCGAUGCCUUUCGUCAAAGCCAUUGAUGGCCCCAACUCGUCGCUCACAAGGGAUAUCGAAGCCCUCUUGAACCUUCGCCGAUUGUUCCACAACCUCGACUACGCCACGCACUUUCAAUCGUUCGUCCAGCGAAUCAUCACGAGUCGUGAGCAACGGAAUCGCGUGUACACGAGCGGCAUUGGCAAGUCGGGCAUCGUUGCCAAACGGUUUGCCUCAACGCUGAGCUCGCUCUCGAUCCCGUCGCAGUGGAUUCACGGCAGCGAGUGGACUCACGGCGAGCUGGGCAACCUCUUGCCUGGUGACGUGAUCGUGCUCUUCUCCAACAGCGGGAAAACCCCCGAGCUCCUCAACUUGCCCAACGUGUUUCGUGAAUUCGACUGCGACGUGAUGUGCGUCGUCGGGAACGACGACAGCCCUCUGUACCACGCGAGCGACUACAAAAUCUUUACCCCCGCCAAGGACUGCCUCUUCGACAGCGUCCCCGCCCGAAGCAUCGUUGCCCAGGAAGCUGUGUGCAAUGCCGUUGCCGAGUCGGUUGUCGCGAUCACCGGCAUCAAGCGCGCCACGUUCAAGAAGAACCAUCCUGGGGGAAAUAUUGGAGCUGUGGCCGCCGCCACACAAAAGACGUCGCCAUCCAAUCCGCAAACGGGCAAGUGAGUCGUGUGCACUGCCGCGUUUUGAAUUGGCACGUCUUUAAGUUAUGUAAAAA